UUAAUUCAAACAAUCUUAUCAAAUCAUUACUUUGCAAUAAUGAAAUUUUUUUUUGAAACGUUGUUGCUAAUUUCAACACGAUUCGGUUUUUUCGAAGCGGCCGAAAAUACUUUAGUGGCAGUUAACUUGAUUUUCAGACAUGGAGAUCGUUGUCCUGAAAAGAGCAAUUUGUAUGAAUCGAGUAUUUAUUAUAAUGAAUCGUACUUUAGACCGUACGGUUUUGGACAACUUACCAAUGAAGGAAAACUUCGAGUUUACAAUCUAGGUAAAGAAAUAAGGGAAAUUUAUACAGGAUUCUUGGAUGAAUCGUAUAACAUUGAUCUCAUAGAAGCAACUAGCAGCGAUUUUAACAGAACUAAGGCGUCUUUACAAUUAUUCUUAGCUGGAUUAUUUCCUCCCACCAAAGAAUUGAUAUGGUUGGAAGGAUUUAAUUGGCAACCGAUCGCAUAUACUUACCAGGAACGAAAUUUAGAUGAGGAACUUUUUGGUUUUGGAUGUGAAAAUUGGGAUUGGCAUUUGAAUGAAUAUCUCAACACACAGGAAGGAUCAAAAAUUAUGAAAAAAUAUGAAGAUUUGUUGAAGUAUCUUACAGAAAACACGGGAGAAACUUACGAUGAAAUUUUGAAGGCCUAUUAUUUGUAUUUUGGAUUUGAAAUUUUGGAAGAGUUAGGUUAUGAUUUACCUCAAUGGUCGAAUGUCAUUUAUCCAAACGAACUUAAAAACCUCGUGAUGGACUACUACGAUAUGAUAACAGCAACUUCCAAUCUUCGACGGAUGACUGGAGGAUACCUUUUGAAACAUGUCUUGGACAACAUCCAAAACAAAAUUGAUGAGAAAAUACCAACAAAAAAGAUGUUUGUAUGGAGUGCGCACGAAAAUAACAUAGUAGCCAUUUUGAAAAUAAUGAAAUUGUGGAAUGGAAAUCAGACUAUAGAUUAUUGUAGUUACGUCGCACUGGAACUGCACAAAAUCAACAACGAAUAUACUAUUAAGAUUUUUUUCAAAAACGACGCCACCGGACCGAAGAUAUUGGUAAUACCAGGCUGCGACGCUCUAUGUCCUUUGACGUAUUUCACAAAAAUCGUACAACCUGAUAUUCCUCGUAGUCUAUCUGUUUGUAGAGGAGAAAGAAGUACGUAUUUAACAUACAAAAUCUUCACCAUAGAUUUAGACAUCAAACUUCCGUCAAAGAAUAUUCCUUCUCACUUUUUGAACAUUCAGUAUGGCCAAAACAAAAUCUUCUAUUAGGUAACGUCCGGUAAUGUGUUUUAAGUCUUCUUGACGCGUUUAGACAUGAUUAAAAACCUGCAUUGUACUCGAUUUAGCACCCAUAAUAGUUUUUGGAUCGUACUUAAAGAAAAAUCAACCUUCACCACUUAAAAUAAUGAGAUAGAACAACUUUCUAUCUAUUCCCAAUCAAAAUCUUGUAAACAAUCAAAAAUUCUAGUCCCAGUUUGUCAAUAAUUGACUUCAGAAUAUUUUCAUUAAUAUCUAACAUUCAUUUCUAAUUAACCCGCAAUUUAGUUAUCAAAAUUACAAUGUUGGCAUCCAUUAAAGGCCAUCGAUGACGUCGUAUCUUUAAAUUGUGACAUCCUGUAACGUAAUUAUUUGAUGUAUUUGACAAAAACGGUAUUUAUACGAAAUUUUUGACUCCUACAGUAUAAAUUAAUAUUUAUUGUUGUCAGAUACUUGAGUUUUAAGU